CUGUGACACUAGGAAUCGUCUGCGGGUGCGCCGCCGCCGCUCUUCUCAUCUCCAUUGUUGUCAUACUGUGGUUCAGAUCUAGACGACGGCGACAGAAGCUACUGAAUGACUUGACCUGUGAGUUCGGUUCUGAUGAGUCCAAGAGCACCAAAUCGGCCCCAGCGUCCAGAAAUGCCUCCCCAAAGUUCAACAAACGUAUGUCCUGUCCUGACGCCCUAGCAGUCAGUAGAGGUGGCAGGAACAUUCUCGUGCGAUCUCUGGCCUCCCACCGUGUCCCAGACUUUACCCUCCCACCAGAGCGUGUGCAGCCUUGCUUCAAUGAGAAGAGGGGUCCCACAAACAUCAGCAUUCCGCAUUCUAGCAGCUUUGGUUCCCUAGCACCGGAUCUGUAUCACCACCAAAGCUACUCCGAAGAUGAUGAGACCGCACUGCCGGAAACGGCUCAUGGUCGCUUGUGGUUUUCUGUGGUGCACGAUCCUUCUAAGGACCAAUUGCACGUCACCUUGAUCAAGAUUAAAGACUUACCAGGUCGAGUGAACAACCGCUACCCCCGUGACCCAUUUGUGAAGAUCUUUCUUUUACCUGACGACCGAACCCACCGAGUGUCAAAGGUCAAAAAAAAAUCACUGAGUCCAGUUUUCAACGAAACACAUAGUUUUCAGGUUUCAGCUGAAGAUGUCAAGAAGCGAACCCUGAAAUUUUCUGUGUAUGAUGUCGAUAAACGACGAGUACGCCAUUGCUUGGGCCACGUGAAGGUCACCUUGAAGUCUUUGGAUCUCGCCAAAGGAGAGGUCAUGUGCAGCGAUCUAGAGCCCAUGGUCCAGCCUGUCGCGUCGCUGGGAGAGCUUCAGUUCAGCCUGGCCUUCAUCCCUUCCGCGGAGAAGAUCAAGGUGGGGAUCCACAGGGCGAAGAACCUCACAUUUAUGGAGGAUUACCCAGAUAUGGGAGUCUAUGUGCGCGUACAGCUACACUUUGGACACAGAUGCCAUCGCAUCAAACGCACGAUUGCUCGACAAGGAGAACCAGACAUGACUUUUAACGAGUCCGUGUCCUUCUCGGUGGCCAGCAAACAGAUGGACUCCUGCAGCCUGGUCAUCUCCCUCAUGCUGACCUCCUCACAUCUUUACUCCGCCGCUGAAGUGGAGCAUGGGAGAGUGGUUGUUGGAUCGUUCAUGUACUCGCGAGGAGAAGAACUGGUACAUUGGCAGGAAAUGAUGUCUCAGCCGAAGGUGGCAACCACCCGUUGGCACUGUCUGACAAACGUAUCAUCGUCGCCCUAA